AUGGCAUGGUGGCAGAUGUUGGGUAUUUCCUUGGCGAGCGGCCUCAUUGGUCUAUGGUUCAUUGGAAUCGGUUGGUGGUACCUGCGCCGGGCGAAUCCCAACGCGGUGGACCCCGGGGACCCCGGGCCUUCGAAUGAGUCGCUGGUGAAACAGGUGAAACAAACAGGACGGCGUCCUACUGGCAAGGUUCAAGAGCUCAUCGCAGCCAAGAUCUCGUUGGAUUUGUUGCCACGGCUGCAGCAGGCGGCGGUGGAGGUCAGACACCGAAUCAAUGAAGCCUUCGAAGCCAAGGAGUCGGAGUCUCAGGAGGAGACGAACGGCGACCUCUUGAAAGAACUGUCCUUGGAGGCCAACGGGCGUGGAUUCGUGGGAGCCAGAAAGGGGGCGCCAGACGUGUAUGUUCCGCCGGAGCCGUUUCUGCUGAACACCGACUUCAGGGAGUACCGCUUGAAAGAUCUUCUGGGUGCUGGCGGCUUUGGACGUGUUCAGUUGGUCGAGGAGCUGCACAGCAACCAAGUGCCGCCGCCUGUGGCGGCUUGGAAAGCUCUCAGUAAGACGGCUAUGGAGAAGGCAGGAAUGAGUUCAAACGUCAUCAUGGAGAAGCAGGUCAUGGCCGUUACAAAGUUAUGCCCAUCGCCUUUCAUCGUGUCUUACCAUGGAUGUUGCCAAACGCCCAGAUAUAUCUACUUCAAGAUGGAAGCUUUGCUGGGAGGUGAACUGUAUCGAACCUACGUCAAGAACAAGCACAUUCUUUCUGGGAGUAAGGUCUUUGCGCGCUACUACCUCGCUUGUGCGCUGACAGCAGUUGAGCAUCUGCACCAGCUGCGGGUGAUGCUGCGAUCUUUGAAGCCGGAGGACUGCGCUUUGGAUCUCAAAGGCCAACUGAAAAUUUUCGAUUUUGGUUUGUCCAAGUUCAUUGUGGAUAAGACUUACACCACCUGUGGAACACCAGACUAUUUCAGCCCAGAGAUCAUCUCCUCGACGGGCCACUCCUUCCCCAUUGACUGGUGGUGCGCUGGGGUCAUGUUGUUCGAGCUCUUGAGCGGAGACCCUCCCUUUACGUCGGACUAUCCCAUGAUGACUUACCAAAAGGUGGUGAAAGGAAUCAAGAACAUCAGCUUUCCAGGCACAAUUCCCAGCGAUGCCAAAAACCUCAUUUGUUCCUUGUGUGAAAAUGAGCCCAACAAACGUUUACCGGAGGCCAAAGGUUUCGAGGCGUUGCAAAAGCACGCCUUUUUCAAGGAUUUCAACUGGGAAGGUUUAUCAUCGAUGACACCGCCUUUUCUGCCCAGUUCCAACGAAAAGAACUACGGCGCUACGGAAGAAGAUUUGCACCCGUGCUUCCAAUCACCUGGGGACCCCAAGGACAUCAAAAACGGUGGCCAAUCUGCACUGGUCAAGCAGCAGAUUUCAGGAUUACGCUAUGUUUAUUUAACAGAUAGGUGCAUCAUCCACAAAUGGGUCAACCAGUAG